CCGCAGGUUUUAUUACAUUCAUAAGAUGCUACGCCAGGUCACGAGGACUCGUGCCGUGGCCGGCCAGUCCCGCCGCGCGUUCAGCGUGCCGCCCAAAGCUCCGAUUGCACCCAAGGCGGUGCCACUCACUCCGGCCGUCAAACUGCCGAGCAACGGCAAGCCCGUGGCGCCCGCGAAGUCGACACCUGCCACGGCUGCCGCGGACUCGAGCACAGGCUCGUCGCUGCCCAAGCUGCUGCUGCUCGGUCUGCUGUCCACGCCUGCGGCCACUGCUGUGUAUGUGAAGAAGAACCCGGAGUGGAACCCGGCCGCCUUGAAGGAUGACGCGCGCUGGAUCAAGUUCCGCGAGCUGGUGCUGGGCAAGGACGUGGCACAACCGCCUGUGGUGCCUGUGAAGCGCUCGCCCGAGGACUUUAGCGCUGCCAUUAACAAGGCCCAGCAGGAGGUGCAGAAGGAAGAGAAGGCUAAACUGAAGAAGGACGAGAAAAAGGCCGAAAAGAAAGCUGAGAAGGCCAAGAUGAAGGCUGCCAAGCUCAAGAAGGACGAUACGGACGAGAAAAAGGCUGGCAAGGACGAGAAGAAGACCGACAAGGUGGAGAAGACACUAAAGCAAGCCGAGAAGAAGAUGGAAAAGGCCGAAAAGAAAGCUGAGAAGGCCAAGAUGAAGGCUGUCAAGCUCAAGGAGGACGAUAAGGACGAGAAAAAGACUGAGAAGGCUGAGAAAAAGAUGGAAAAGGCCGAGAAGAAAGCUGAAAAGGCCGAAAAGAAGGUGGCCAAGCUCAAGAAGGAGGUGGAGGCCAAGGGGCACAAGGAGGAGAACGCUGUUAAGAAAGACGUUAAGAAGGUGGCCGCCGCUGUUGCCGGCGCUGCCACUGUUGUGGAAAAGAAGGUGGACGCCGCCACGGCCAAGGCGCGGGAAGAGAUCUCCAAGUUGGCAGGCGAGGCCAGCCCCGAACACCUCAGCCGUCAGAUGGACAAGCAGAUCCAGGCCACCACGAACGACCUGCUCAGCUCGCUGAAGGCCGAGUCGGACGCGGCCGCUGCAGAGAUGGACAAGCAGUACCUGUCUGGCCUCAACGAGCUUGAUGCGAACGCGUUGGCCAUCCGCGUGGCCCAGCUGGCCACAGAGAUGAAGCACCGCUCGAAGUGGGAGGCUGUGCGUCUGCUGGAGUCGCUCCGUCACAUGGAGGAGGACGCCCAGAAGAAGAGUACGGAGGUGCUACGUCGUCAGGAUGAGCUGCAUAAGGAGCUGCUCGCCCGUGAACUGCGUCUGCAGCAGGAGCUCCUUUCUCGUCAGUCCCGCGAGGAGAUGAAAGCUCUGAAGAAGCAGUGCACCGACGAUCUGGCGCGCAACGUGAGUCAGCAGCGUGCGAGCUUGUUGUCCGAAGUGCAGCGCACUUUCGCCCGUGAGAGCAAGGCGAUCGAGCAGCGCAACGCUCAGCGACUUGAGGAGGCAACGCAGAAGAUGCAGAAGACGCUGGCCGAGGAGCGUGAGAAGCGUGUACAGGAGCUGGAAAACUAUCGCGCAGAGCUUCGUGCACUUGGCACGGUUCUGGACAGCUCUUCGACAUACGAAGCUUUCAGCCACCGUGUUCACAAGGCAUCCAUGGCGGCGCUGGCGCUGUCGGACCGCGUGGAAGCUGCGGCACCGCUGCGUAGCGAGAUCCGCGCUCUGCGUGAGGCGGCGAGGAACGACCCGUUCAUCGAGGCGGCCGUCAAGUCGCUGCCGCAAGACGUGGUUGAGCAGGGUGCACCGUCUGUGGGUCAGCUUCAGGAGCGCUUCAAAGUCGUCAAGUCGGUCGGCCACCGGGCCGCGCUAGUGCCGGAGAACAGCGGCAUUAUUGGCCAGGCGUUCGGCACUGCUUUGUCACUGCUGAUGAUCCCGCCUGGAGGCCCGAUCGAAGGCAGGGACACGGACGCCGUGCUGUCCCGCGCUGAGUUCGCUCUGAAGGCAGGCGACAUUGAGAAGGCGAUCGUGGAGAUGAAGGGUCUGUCCGGGCUCCCCGCGCAGGUUUCGCAGGACUGGAUCGCUGCUGCCGAGUCUCGAUUGGCCGUGGAGCAGACAGCCAAGGUGGUGAAGGCGCACGUGGCUCUGCUGGCCGCAAGCUGCUCCUAAGCGCAGCAGAUCGAUGAACCAGCAAACGGAACCGCGUGCGUGUUUGGUAAGUCCAACGAGUUAAAAGCAAAGUAAUGACAUGAAACUUUUGAGUUGGAUGG